AUGGAGCGUGUGGUCACUGACAAAGUCUGUGUGCACCGCUCAUGUUUCUGCUGCCAGGUCUGUGGGAGGAAGCUGAGCAGUGUGCCCUACUGCAGCCUGGCCAGAGGAAUAGUCAUUAUGACUGAGUUUGGAGAAUUUAUAAGUGCUGUGGGGGAGUUUGGGCUACAUCAGAAAUUGCUGGUGCUGCUCCUCUCCCUCCCACUACUCCUUAAUCCCUUCCAAAUGAUUGGCCAAGUGUUCAUGGUUGUGGAUGUGCCUCAUUACUGCAACACCAGCUGGAUCCGUGCCGUUGGCCCCAACCUGACGGAGGAAGAGCAGCUGAACCUCACCCUGCCCCGGGACGCCAAUGGGGCGUAGCCAGUGGACUGGGCCCUCAGCUCCAUCGUGGCGUAUGGCCUGAACACCACGGAGAAGGGCAGCAGUGGGUGGGUGUACCCCUCAGCACAACCGCCGUCCCUGCUGACCGAGUUUGACCUGGUGUGCGACAGGAAGGACCUGAAUGACAUCUCCCAGUCUGUCUACAUGGUGGGGCUGUUCCUAGGAGCCAUGAUCUCUGGACCACUGAGUGACCGGAUUGGCCGACGCCCAGUCUUUCUGAUCUCCACCGUCUUCCAGUGCUUGUUCGGCUUAGGAAUUGCAUUUGUGCCCCAUUUCUAUGUGUACAUGGCCUUCAGAUGUGUUGUGGGAGCUGCAGUGUCAGGAUUUCUAAUUACGAUCUUGGCCUUAGCUACAGAAUGGGUGGGUGCCUCCUCCCGCCCAAAGGCAGUGCUUAUUUCUCACUGCUUUGUUGCCAUCGGGCAGAUGCUCUUGGCUGGCUUGAGUUACGGUAUUCGCAACUGGAGGCUGCUGGAGAUUGCAGGAUCUGCUCCAAUGUUUGUCCUUUUCUUCUCCUUCUG